CAUUGUGAUUAUUGCGGAGUUGAACUUUGUUACACGAAUUUCGUGAAUUUAUUUAGUCCAAACGACAAAAAACUAUAUUCAAACGGUGUGUCCGAACUUAUUAUGCCUAAUGAUUUAUUAAAACAGCUGGGUGGAAGGAAAGCAAUCAUGGCACCUUUGUCCCCGACCCCCUGUGCGGAGAUCAGCGAUGAUGAGCUGGUGUCCAUCUCCGUCCGGGACCUGAACAGGCAGCUCAAGAUGCGAGGGCUGACCAGGGAUCAGAUAGUCAGAUUUCUUCGUCCCCAGGAAUGGCACGACAUGGAGCUUAUGCAGGAAGACAACAACCGUAUCCGGGAUGAAAUAGAAGCUCUCCGGAGCAAAUAUGAUGCUCUCAAGCGGUUCGCUGUCAUGAAGAACAUACCUUUACCGCCUGAACUAGAGUUACUGCCUUGAGUAAGAUAUGUUUAGAAAAUUUAUUAGUUAUAACCAAAGAGGAUCGAGUAACAAAGAAAGUUACUGUCGAGGUAAAAUGUGUAAUCACAGUGCAUAGACUGCCAUCUCUCGACACAGGCUUAAAACUUUUGAACCUCAGUUUUGACAAUUUGACCCAUAUUCUUAGCUUGAUAUGUGUUAAAAUGUCAAAUAUUAAU